AUGGUGGAGCCAUUCAAGGCCAUUUCCCAUCAGGAAACCCAAGCGACCCCAACGCAGCAGCCGCAGCCCUUGUCGCUACCUUCGCCCGAGGUCAAGACGGGCAUCUGCGGCCUUGACCCGACGACGGGCAAGGGCAAGCAGAUCCACCUCAUCCAGAUGCUGCUCCUGCCCUUCGUGCCCAUCAUGGCCCUCAUCAUCCAGAACUCCAUCAACAUGGUCAGCAUCCUCGAGUACCAGAACGACAUGCAGGAGACCAUCGACCAGGUCCAGAUCAGCACGGGCCUGGGCAACGUGACGGAGGCGCUGCAGUCGGAGCGCGCCGAGAUCGCCUUCUACCUCUUCACCAACGGCUCCAUCAUCCGGAGGAACCUGUCGGAGCACUUCGCCUACACCAACUCCCUCAUCGAGAACCUCAUCUGGCCCUCCUUCAGGAUCGACGACCAGCUUUUCCAGAACAAGAUCCUGUUCCGCAUCCGCCUCGAUGACUUCCGGGACAAGAUCACCAAGUUCGACACGCCCAACAUCGAGGCCGGCAUCGCCUUCUACAACAGGGCCAACUACAUCUUCCUGGACCAGGUGAGGCGCCUGGAGCUCUGGGGCUUUUCUGCCGUCUGCUCUCAGGGUUUGGAGCUGACGCGCGAGAUCAAGGAGAAGGACGCGUCGGGCGUGUGGCGGCCGCUGCUCGCCUACAAGAACAUGAUCCGCGCCAUCGAGCACCUGGGCAUCUCCAUGGUGUUCGGCGAGCAGUACUUCGGCAGAGGAGACCUGGACCAGAGCUCUUACAUCGCCUUCGUCACCAACGACGCCCUGGGUCAGGACUUCCUGAACGCGUCCCAGAACUUCGCCUUCUGGAUCGGGACGCGGUACCAGGCGCUGCAGAAGGACUACCCCUGGUACUCGAACAUCACGCGCCGUCGCCUAGAGAUCCUGGGCCGCGAGAAGAUCCAGCCCGACUUCGAAAAGGCCACCGAGUACUUCUACGCCAUGCUGGGCUACCUGGACGCCCUGCAGAAGGUGCAGUACGAGAUCAGGAAGACGAUCGAGCAGACCAUCGUGCGGGAGGUACAGGCCUCCAACAGCCACGUUGUGAUCGGCAUCGCGCUCCUGGCCGUCGUCCUCAUCAUCUCGCCUGUCAUCAUCAUUCUUGUGCGGAUGAUCACCAGGACCCUCCAGGCCUUCUCCGAGACGCUGCUGCACAAGACGCACGAGCUGAGGUUCGAGAAGAAGCGCUCGGACAAGCUGCUGUACCAGAUGCUGCCGUCCAGCGUGGCGCAGCAACUCCGCAUCCACAAGACGGUGGCGGCGGAGACCUACUCGGCCAUUACCAUCUACUUCAGCGACAUCGUCGGCUUCUCCGAGAUGGCCAACCAGAGCACGCCCAUGCAGGUCAUCUCCCUCAUGAACGUGCUCUACAAGAUGUUCGACUCCCGCAUCGACUGCUACGACGUCUACAAGAUCGAGACGAUCGGCGACGCGUACAUGGUGGCUUCCGGUCUGCACAUGAGAGAGGAGGGCAAGGACCACGCGGCCGAGGUGGCAGCGAUGGCCAUAGACCUGCUCCACGGCACCGAGAACUUCGUGAUUCCCCACAUGCCCGGCGAGCGCCUGCAGAUCCGGAUCGGCAUCCACACGGGCCCCGCCGUCGCUGGUGUCAUCGGGACUAAAAUGCCGCGCUACUGCCUCUUCGGCGACUCCGUCAACCUCGCCGCCAAGAUCGAGGCCACGGGACUACAUACCCAAGACUGUCUCGAUCGCGUCGGAGGAUUUAUCGUCAAGCUUCGCGGAGAAUUAGAAAUUAAGCGAGGUCACGUGACCACAUGGCUAGAGUAUGAAGAAUCAGAAGGAUUGGCUUGCUAUUUAUGCUAUGCUGCUCGGCAGUAUAGAUUAUACAUUGAGCCGUUAUUGUACAACCCCGACCUGACCUCUCCAGAGACCAAGGGAGAAACAGUCCUCCAGCAGGAGCAGGGCCGCGGCGUCAUGGACACGUACUGGCUGACGGGCAAGCACGGCGUCCUCCCCGACCGCCGCAGGUACUCCGUGCGAGACGAUGAUGAGUUCAUGGCCGACAACCCGCAGUCGGACGCCCCGCGGGGCGGCAAGAAGUCCAAGGACCAGACCUCGGGGGGCCAGCAGGCCUCCUUCAUCAGGAAGACCUUCAACAUCUGCAAAGAGUUCCUGGGCUGA